AUGGAAUUAAUUAAUGCAUACGAUUUAUACAAACUUGAACAAGCUGAUGAAUUGCUUGAAACUGGUUUACAAUCUUUAGAUGCAUUGCUAGGCGGUGGCAUAUCACCAGGCACAUUUUUGGAGAUUGUUGGCUUGUCAGCUACUGGAAAAUCACAAUUCUGUAUGCAGUUAGCAGUUAGUCUGCAAAAAAAUAAAACAAAAAAAGAUAGUGUGUAUGUGGAUACAGAAGGAGGAUUCCAUACAAAACGUAUCUGUGAUAUUGCAACCAAUGUAUUAAAAACAAUGGAACCAUUAGAAUCAUUGAAACAUAUACAAGUUAGCCGCUGUCGUGAUUUGGUUGAAUUAACAAGUGCUAUUCAUCGGUUAGAAUUGUUGGUACAACAAAAUCCAAAGAUUGGUCUUGUAAUUGUGGAUAGUGUUGCGAUGCCGCUGCGUGGUGAGAAUGGCUAUGCCUUACGAUCGAGACUAGAAAUUUCACGAAUUCUUUCAAAAUUGGCUGCUUCCUAUAGAUUAAUCAAAGAUGGUGAAGCGCAUCUUGCAUCUGCGUUGGGAACUUCAUGGUCUCAUCGUCCAAAUACAUGUUUUUGGUUAUAUCCACCCAAUGUUAAUUCUCGAAGUAGCUCAAUUUUUCUGGUGAAAUCGCCAUCUGCCAUGAAUGAUAUGAAAUUUCUUGCUGUUCUAGCAGAGAGUGGUGCAGCGGACACAUUGUCAAAAAUCACCGAAUUUGUUGCAAAGUUAUGUAAAGAUAAGGUAACAUUACGGAUUACAUCCGAUGCCAUAUAUUUGAUUAAUCCUUCUUCAUUAGCUAAUAAUGGGAAUUAUUUGCAAAUUACACUUAAUGUGGCUGAAUUUUUCUCAACGUACAUAAUGGGUGGUGUGUCAGAAGAAUUCAACGAGAUCUAUAUGGAAGUGGAAAAAGAUUACUUGUUCAGAAGUAUGAAUGUGAAGGACCGGUCGACGAAAAUUCGUUUGGUCAAGCUUGGCAAUGUACCCCAUUUAAAAGUAGAGCAGAAAUCAUGUGGGAUGGUUCAUGAAUUACCUGUAGUAUUGAUUCCAACCAAAUAUUGGAAAACUUACGACAUGCCUACUUUAGAUAAUAUUUCGGUUGCCCUUUAUCUUCCGCCACUGUCAACAAUACGUAGCUUAGUGAUUUCAUUCAAGAAUAUGGGAGUAAAAUAUAUGGAAAUUAAAGGAAAUCAAGAAGGUGAACUUCAGUUUUGCGGUGACUUAGAUAUGGCAAACAUUGUCGUACAUUUCUCGAAUCUUUCCGUUGUUUCGUUGCACAACAGUCAUGUAAAUAAUGCAGAUGGCCCAGGUGUAUUGCGAACAGUACGCGUUGAUAUCAAAGCAAUUUAUCUUUUUCUUCGCAGUUUUUCCAAUGUUUUCACAAUGUCACGAAUAUCGCUCAAGAUUGUCCCGGAAAAGAUGGCAGUAUUUUCAGUGGAACAAAAUGAAGCCUCAUUGGUUUAUAUUGUGAGUGGAAUGGCAUAA